CACACAAUUUUUUACUUGAAAUUGUCGUUCGUGUUGUCAGCUUAAUUAUGACAAAAUUAUGAUGAAAAAAAUCCCGUUACCAGAUGUGCACUCAACACACAACUACACAAACAUAUCGAGUUGAAUAAGUUCUGUACACAUAUGUAGUAUUGUAUUUGUAAAUAAUGCAGACAUGAGUACAAGUUUGCGUACGUAUUCCUUAGUGAUUUUGGCACUAUUAUUUUGUUACAAUACUAAUUAUAAAAUACUAUAAAUAAAAUUUCUAGUCUGUAUGGUGUAUACCUUUGCCUUUUAUUUUUAUGACAAUUAUCAAGUCUUGAUGUUGAACCGGAUAAAAUAUUAUUAAUCUGUGGUCCCAAAAGUAAUUUUAUGUUACAGUGAAAUAAAAUAAAAAUAAAAUAAUAAAUAUACCGGUAUAAAUAAAAUGGGUAAAGAAAAAUCGAAAAAACGCCGCCGUUCUACUUCUUCAAGUUCGUCCAGCUCUGAUUCAAGCCGCGAAAAGAAGAAACUACGCAAACUGAAAAAGAAAUUAAAAAGAGAACAGAAGAAAACGGAAAAGAUUCUUAAAAAAAAGCUUAAAGAAGAACGAAAGAAACUUAAAAAGAAGAAGCGGGAAGAAAGAAGUCCGAGUAAAGAGGAUGAGCACAAUAAAGAUGAAACAUCGGCUGAUAUUCCUUUAGAAUUAAUGGAAAGGUCGAAAGCCAUGGCACCAAUGACCAAAGAGGAGUGGGAAAAACGACAGAGUGUAAUUAGGAGGGUUCAGGAUGAGGAGACUGGCAGAUACAGGUUAAUAAAAGGCGACGGAGAAGUGUUGGAAGAGAUUGUAUCGAGAGACAGACAUUUACAGAUUAAUCGACGAGCCACUAUGGCAGACGGAGACUUCUUUCAAUCUCAGACUAUUCACAAACAGAGUACUAAAACAACUGUAACUUUCUUCUAAUACGUAUUAUCUUAUAACUGGUUGCAUUUGUUUACAGGUAAGUAUAGAAGUAAACAGUUUUAUUUACAAUUGUGCUUAUAAAAUAUUGUACAGUGUGAUACAGGAGUUUUUUCUGUGCUCUAUAUUGUAGGCCGAGAUUUAUUGGUAAGAUUCUUAGGUACUGUUUCACUGGUUGGUGAGAAAGUUUAUAGUGCACUUAAGUUACUGAUACUGCAUAAACACUUAUAGGCAGGAUGUAAAAUGGGUUUCGUGUAAAUUAUAGAAAAAUAAAUAUUUUAUCAAGCUACUAUUUUCUUGAAUUCAAAGCUUGUAAAUAGAAAUAUUUGAAAAAUAUAUUUGAGUUUGAUAGUGAAAAAAAAUAUUUAGUAAACUUUAUAUGUUGAAUAAGAAGAAUGGUGAAACAGGACCUUAAUGUGUAUAUAGAGAUUUUAAUAUAUCACCUACAACUUGUUAGUGUUGUUUUUAGUUUGCAUCGUUUCGUAUUAAAGAAUUAUGUCGAUGCACACAAUAAGAUUAACAUGUUAUAAAUAUAAUUACUUCAAAUAUUGAAAAUAUUUCAGUUCUUUUACUUAGAAAUUGUAUAUUGAUUCUUCUUGUUAUAUUUACUUAUAUAAAUAAACACAGAGGUUUAAUCUAAGUUUGAAACCUAAUAAAUAUAAAGUAUAAAAAAUA